ACUAGUAUGUAAAGCUCGCGUCUUUUAAAACCGAGCGAUCUAAUCCGCGGUCCCACAUAGCACCGAGUUAGCACUUUUGUAACUAGUUCAUUUUUUUUAUUUUAUUUUUUAUUUUCGCAUUACAUAUUACGUGUUACGUUAAUUAGAUAAAAUAUGGAAGACUUGACUAAGGAUCAAAUUGUCCUAUUAAAAAAGGCGUUUGAUGCAUUCGAUCAUGAAAAAAAAGGAUGCAUCGGCACAGACAUGGUCGGAACAAUUUUAACGAUGUUGGGCCACGAGCUGAGUGAGAACACGCUUGCUGAGAUUAUCGCGGAGGUUGAUGAAGAUGGUUCCGGGGAGCUGGAAUUUGAGGAAUUUUGUACCUUGGCGGCUAGAUUUUUAGUAGAAGAGGACACCGAGGCAAUGCAGCAAGAAUUGCGCGAGGCAUUCCGGCUUUAUGACAAGGAGGGAAACGGUUACAUAACCACCGAGGUCUUUCGCGAUAUUCUCCACGAGCUCGAUGACAAAUUAACGAACGAGGAACUCGAUUUAAUGAUUGAAGAAAUAGACGCCGAUGGCUCGGGGACACUCGACUUCGAUGAGUUUAUGGAAGUGAUGACUGGAGGUGAUGACUAAUUGUAUUACAAGCAAGAGAAAUCAUGUCAUCGCAUAUAAAUUAAAGAAUUAUAAACCAAAGCUCAUGAUAUUUAAUACGAUUACAAUAAAGGAUGCAAAAUUUCGAAUGGUUGGCAGUCCCUGGAAAUGAGCGACGUUAAUUCGCAGGCAGACAAAGAGAGAUCGGCAAGCUGUCAGUCCUUCGUCAAAUUAACGGGGAUUUUAGUGAUAAAAGAGGGCUACAUUAUUCCGCUACAUAUUGGGGGGUACUAUUGUAAUUAUCAUUUAAUAAACUGACAACUGUACGCUGAUGAAUAUGUGGUUUGUGGACAUGGUAACAACCAGAGACUGAGUUGUACUUAUUUGGAGUCAUGAAUAUGCAAUUAACCAGUGAUCUCGGCUAUGUUUGUAAUUCUGUUAAGAACAAUUCUUGCUUUGUAAGGAUUAAUAUUCAAAUUGUAAUGAAUUUAAAUAAAUUAUUAUAUUUUACCUUGUUA